AUGACAUCCCACGAUCCAGACCCGCCUUCUCCCCCCGCCGACCUCAAGGCUGGUUUGGGCGGCACAGGUCACAUCAACAUCGCCUCUCCUGCUCAAGAACCCAUCCAAGACUACCCCAUUGAGCGGGUAGAGCAGGUGUACCGCAAACUCGACCUCCGCAUCAUCCCCGCCUUCUGGGUCCUCUACUUCCUCAACUCCGCCAUCCGCUCCAACAUCGGCAUAGCCCAAACAAUGAACGCCUCCGUCAAGCACGACCUCGUCUCGGUCCUCGGGCUCACCCCCAAAGACGUCUCCACCGCCCUGGCACUCUUUUAUGUCUCCUACGUGCUGUUUGACCUCCCCUCCAAUCUCAUCAUGAGCCGUCUCUCCCCUCGGGUCUGGAUGGCGCGUAUUGUCAUUGCUGUCGGUAUCAUCGGGACGUGCUUCACAGCUGUGAACGACGCCUGGUCUCUCAAGCUGUUGAGAUUUCUGCUGGGCGUGGUGAUUGCGGGCAUGUGGCCUGGUAUGGCGUAUUAUCUCACCUUGUUCUACCCACCGAGCAGAACAGGCAAGAGGAUCGGGAUGUAUUUCACCGCUGCGCAGGUUUCUGCCGCGGUGGUUGGGUUGGUGUCGGCGGGGUUCCAGCAGAUGGAUGGGUUGGGGGGGUUGGUGGGUUUUAGGUGGAUGUUUUUGAUUUAUGGGUUGUUGGGGGUGAUUUUGGGGGUUGGGUUGCUGUGGUGGUUGCCUGACCGGCCUUUGGCUCCGGGGGAGGUGAGGGAGAAGAGUUGGUGGGUGAAGUGGUUGCCGCCGAGUCCGGAGGCGCUGACGGGGGAGGAUGCGAUGGUGCAUUAUCAUGAUUUGAGGAGGGUGUAUCACGCCAGGCCGUGGACGCUGAAGGAUCUGUGGUUUGUGUUGUUGGACUGGCGGUUGUGGCCGUUGGUGUUGAUGUACUUUGGGGUUGUUGGGGUGGGUAUUGGGACGCAGUUGUACGGGAGCGUGAUUAUUGCUUCGAUCAACUCGAACUUUACGGGGGUGCAGGUUAGCUUGUUGUUUGCGCCUAUUUGGAUUAUGGACUUGAUCGCUAUUCUCCUCGUCACCCCUAUUUCGGAUCGGUUCCACAAGUACCGCCCCCUUUUCUUCUCGGCGGCCGUUUGUGUUCAGAUCGCCGGCCUGCUCACUGUCACCUUUGCUUUGGACAACCAAUGGGGCAGAUACGGCGGUUUGUUGCUCAUCGGAUUUGGCCUCGGUCCCACGGUUCCCAUUUGCAUGGCCUGGACCAACGAGAUCUUCCAGAAGCGUCACCGCGAAGUUGGUGUUGCUACUGCUUCCGCCUUGGUAUCUGGCCUGGGCAACCUUGGAAGCAUUGUCACGACAUACGCCUUGUACACUGGCUGGCCCGAGGACGCGGCCCCGGGACGGUACCGCUACCGCAACAGCAACUUUGUCAUGAUUGGUAUUCUCUGCAUGAGUAUCGCCAGCAGCUUCGUCAUGAUUGCUCUGCUCAAGGUCUUUGGCAAUGAGCCCAGCAACAAGAUUGUUGGUAGUGACGGCAACGACUCUGGAGAGGAGAUUUUGGAUGGUGCUGCUCGUCGUGAGGUGCACCAGCGCGGUUUCAGCCGCUUGAUCAAAUAA